AGGCUCCUUCCCAGAAGCAAAAGCGGAAACAAAAGAGCCUCGCCGGCGUCCCCGCCCGCACAGUCGCGCACACUCGCGCUCGGGCGCACACGGAACAGGCACCGGCGCCCGGAGCGAGCCUGCGGACGGCGAGCCGGGGACCCACCGGGCUGAGCCAGCCGAGCCGCCAGCGAGCCGAGCCCGCGACGACCGCACGCCCCCGAGCCCCGCAGCCGCCCCCGCCGGCCGGUGUCCCUGCCGCCCUCCCUGACCCAUGGCGCUGAAGCGGAUUCAGAAAGAAUUAAGUGAUCUACAGCGUGACCCACCUGCUCACUGUUCAGCUGGACCUGUGGGAGAUGACUUGUUCCACUGGCAAGCAACUAUUAUGGGGCCUCCUGAUAGCGCAUAUCAAGGUGGAGUCUUCUUUCUCACCGUACAUUUUCCGACAGACUAUCCUUUUAAACCACCAAAGAUUGCUUUCACAACAAAAAUUUACCAUCCAAACAUAAACAGUAAUGGAAGUAUUUGUCUUGAUAUCCUGAGGUCACAGUGGUCACCAGCUCUGACUGUAUCAAAAGUUUUAUUGUCCAUAUGUUCUCUACUUUGUGAUCCUAAUCCAGAUGACCCCUUAGUACCAGAUAUUGCACAAAUCUAUAAAUCAGACAAAGAAAAAUACAACAGACACGCAAGAGAAUGGACUCAGAAAUAUGCAAUGUAAAAUCAAAAAAAAUUUCGUAUAUACCAGAGUACUGUAAAAUCUAGGUUUUUUUCCAACAUUAGCAGUAAAUUGAGCACUGUUUACUGUUUCAUUGUACCAUGAAAUCCUUUGAUUUUUACCCAUUUUAAAUGUAUUUCUGAAGCAAGACAAAACAAACUUCCAAAAAUAUCCUUAAGACUGUGAUGAGAGCAUUUAUCAUUUUGUAUGCAUUGAGAAAAGACAUUUAUUAUGGUUUUUAAGAUACUUGGACAUCUGCAUCUUCAGCUUACAAGAUCUACAAUGCAUCUGAAAAGCAACCAAAUUAUUUUUUGCUGAAACUAGAUGUUUUUACAUGAGAAAUACUGUAUGUGUUGUCUAAGAUGUCGUCGGUUUUAUAAAUCUGUAUUCAGAUUUCAUUCUGUGUUAGCUCACUUUAUAAUUUGUAUUUUUUUACUGUAUAGACUAAAUAUAUUCUAUUUACAUGUAUGUCAACUCAUUACUUUUUCCUGUGAACAGUAUUGAAAAAACCCCAACACCUGAUAAUUAAAUGAAUUAACUGUCUGUCCUCCUUGUUUUAGGGUAUUCUGUAGAUCGAUUGCAGAUUUCUUAAACCUGAAAUGAUCUUUACACUGUAAUUCUCAGUAUACUGAUUAUGAAGAAACACUUGUUUUGAUUUUGUUAUACUUGACUUAACUUUAUUGCAAUGUGAAUUAAUUGCACUGCUAAGUAGGAAGAUGUGUAACUUUUAUUUGUUGCUAUUCACAUUUGAAUUUUUUUCUGUAUAGGCACUAUUAUAUUGACACCUUUUACAGAUCUUAAUGUAGCUUUUUCCAUAUAAAUAAAAAUGCUUUUUCUACUAUUUGUCUUGAUUACUUAAAAAGAUAAAAAUUUGCUUUACCUAUAAGUAAGGAUCAAAACUCUACGUAAAAUUUUGCAUGAAAAUUAAUUCCAAAUUGUGAGAGUGAGGUCUGUUGUAUUUGGCAUUAAUCACCAUUAAUUAUAUAAGUUUUAUUGCUUUAGAUUUGUAUCUGUUUACUAAAUUGUCAAUCUAAAGGAUGAUAAGUAUUGGUCCCUUGUUACAGAAAAGAAUUUAGAAUAAAUUGGGGUUUGUCUUAGAUCACAUCUAAAAUAAAUUAUUUACUAAAGUACUGAGAUGAGUAUAAGGCAGUGUCACCCACGAGGAAGAAGUCUUUAUAGAUCUGAAGAAUAAUUAGGUUAAUUCAUUAAAAUGCCCCUCUAGAUGUAACUGACAUUGUAUUUCUUAACAUUUUAAAAUCUAGAAUUUCUAAAAUAGAAUUUUAGUGCCAUCACAGUUUAGAAGAAGACAUCCAUUUUUUACUAUAGAAGUUAUAAAGAAAAUUCUAAAAUGAUCCUUUUGUAUGAUUUUAAAUUGCCAUUUAAAAGUGAUUUAAAUAAGCAGGUUAUCUUAGCAGAUUUUAAAGAAAGCUAGGAGGUUUUAAUGUUUUAACUUGGAAAAAAAUACAUCUCUAAUAAUAGCAUGCUUACCAAAUGAGUGAGUGUCAUUUUUAAGAAGAGUUGUAGCUCUUCUGAUUAUUGCAGUAGCUGUAUAAGGGUGCAAAAAUUUGUGAUGGGUGUAGUCAUUAGCAAAGCAUUUAAAUCACUUAAGUAUUUUACCAUGGUUCAUUAUUAUUAAAGCACAAAACAACCCACUGUUAGAAAUGUGUUUUUAUAAAUGAAUGUAAAAUAAUUAAAUGAAUUGUGAAAUGGGUGUUUAAGAAAAUGUAGUUUUAAAAAGUAACUAUCUUAAGUGACGUCCUGAAACAGCCAUAUCAUGAGAACACUACUUUACUAGCUAUAUUAUUAUGAGCUACAUUCACCCAGAAUUUGAACACUCACCAUCAUUAAAGUAUUUACUAUAUUUUGAUACUAAAGGGUUUUGUUUCUUGAAUAUCUUUCACUUUUUUUUAAACUUUCAUUUGUGUGGCAUUUAUUUUUGGAAGUGUCUUUUUUUUUGUUUAUUAAAGUUUUUGAAACUUGCCUA